ACCCAGCGGAGAAUUGCAUCCUGGCGAAGGAGAGAUAGAAGGCUGCAAACGUAUACUGACUGAAUGUUUAUCUCCGGAAAACGGAGAUGGUGCGAUUGAAUGGGAAGUGGCCGACAUACUCUCUAAUUGGUACCGACCAAAUUUCGAGAUCUCAAGGUAUCCAUACUGCCCAGCACAUAUCACCAAGCCAAAGGAGCAUACUAUCGUAAUGUUGAUACAGCUUCCCGAAUUCGGUACAUUCGCCGUGCCGAAAAACUACAAGCUGGUUGCCGCACCUUUGUUUGAACUCUAUGAGAGUUCGGGGACAUACGGGUACACCAUCGCGUCGUUGCCUCUGGUAUUGAGCAGAUUCACAUUCGUGCCGGUUAAUUCAGAGCCAACUCCGCCCUCAACUGCAGAUAGUCCAGCAGCGAUAGAGCCACCCGCAGCGGUAGAAGCGGAGACAGUCACAGCGGAAUAGUGGCGCAUGCGUGCAAGAACAUGGACUACACGCAUGACGAACGAAGUAUGCUUCACUGUGAACAAUGCACGGAUACAUCUGCAAAUACAUCGGAUAAGUACUAGCAUCUAUCACCAACGCAUGCUAACUCGCGCGUGCGUAGUUGUGUACAGACAUUCGAACAGUGUGCAGGCACACGUCCCGGCUUUGUGUCUCCCAUUCGGGCUCCACCUCGUGUUAACAAUUACAACACUCUGCGCAUAUGGGGAGGGAGGAAAGGCUCGUAUCAACGGUGCGGGCGCAAUGGAGUUAAUUCCGAGAUAGUAAACUACGCACGCGGGAGCGACACAAUAUUGCGGCAACCUGGUAUUAGGAUGACGCUCAGACAGUCAUCUUGAAUCCAAUGGCAGCCGGAGGAAACAGUCUGCUUACGAAGCGCGUGCAUUGCCACAGAUUGAUUCUUUUCGUGGGAGAAGAUACUCGCACAGGAAAGACCGAAACAUUACAGAGCGCGGCACGCAUGCUCACCGGAGAUGGGAUAGGUAAAUGUUGUGGAAGCAAGUUGCUAUGAACAGCCAAAUGUGGGUUUUAAGGCUCGCAGGGGUUGGAACAACGACAUCUAAUUCUAUGAGAGGAACGACUGGGGUGUGAAAUCAAGCUGUCUCGUUGGAGAGCAGUGACGAGACGAGAAGAAAGGAACUUUCCACAAGCGGACGAGAAGAGAAACAGGAUCAAUGGAUCAGCGAUAGCGGCUAAAGAGAGUGCCUGCACAUCCACGUAGUCUGGAAUCACAUUAGGAUCACUCUAGCAAUCAACCUUGACGAGAGCUUUAUUUUUAAUGCAAGAAUUGCUCCGAGGUUUUGUUAUUGUGUUGCAGUAUGUUAAUGGCUCUCUUGAUUGCUCAACGAAGGAUAGGCUGGUGCAAAGUACCCGACAGUUCGCGGCAGCUGAUCCGAAUACUCCAAGUGUGCUUAAUUGACAAUAAAAUCACAAACAAGGUGUUC